UCCGGGGAGACGGCUGAGGGAAGGUCGGCUUCCGACGUCUGGCUGCAAACGUCGCGCUGAGGUCAUCCUUUACGGCAGGCGUCCGCGUCGCAAGCUAGUGGUUCUGAAGCUGCAGCCAGAGAAGAGUCAAGGGCACGAGCGUCGGAUCGCCAUGCCUUUCUUGGACAUCCAGAAAAGGUUCGGCCUUAACCUAGAUCGAUGGUUGACAAUCCAGAGUGCCGAACAGCCCUACAAGAUGGCUGGUCGAUGCCAUGCUUUUGAAAAAGAAUGGAUAGAAUGUGCACAUGGAAUCGGUUAUACUCGGGCAGAGAAAGAGUGCAAGAUAGAAUAUGAUGAUUUCAUGGAGUGUUUGCUUCGGCAGAAAACGAUGAGACGUGCAGGUACCAUCAGGAAGCAGCGGGAUAAGCUGAUAAAGGAAGGGAAGUACACCCCUCCACCUCACCACAUUGGCAAGGGGGAGCCUCGGCCCUGAGCAGAGCAGCUGCUGAUGUCUGGAGGCUGAUUUUCCUGUUCUCUGUUCUCCACUGGAAAGGUUGUUUAUGAAAAACCUCCUUGUCAAAGUGUGUAAAAAUAAAGGAUUGCUCCAUCCUA